AUAGCUUAAUACAAGUGACAAAUCCGGGAUCUGUCCACGGUCUUCUAAAGGGAAGACUAGGGAAACAGAGACGCCUGCUGACAGAGGGCAGAAAUUAUCGCCGCGAGCGCGGGGCGGGUGGAGGUCGUGGUCGCAGUUGGCAGUUCGCAGUUGGAAGAUUGGCAUGGUGAAGAUGGUGAACGUUCGGAAGACGAAGAAGGAGGCCUGCGGAGCCCAGGACUGCAAGAAGCUCAAGCUGCCCAGGAUGACGCAGUGCAAGAAGCUCACGCUGGGGGUGAAGGGCGAUGGCGAAGGGCGAAGGGCGAAGGGCGCAGGGCGGAUGACGAAGGGCAAGGGUGCCCUGUGCGUGCAGGGCAAGCCCAAGCCCGUCUUAAACAAGAAGGCGAAGACCACGAAGAAAAUGCUCCUGCAAUUCCAGUGCCAAAACUGCACUUUCUAUUUUUCCUAGUUCUGCCCAGAUGGUGCUCCUCCGUGUCAUGUCGUUCGCGUUUCUGUUCAUUCGAAAUUCCCCGAUCGGAACGGCCCGAGGACUGACAAAAUGAAUAGAUUCAAUCACAACCUUGACACUUGGCAAGUUGGGCAAGUUGUGCAAGGUAUGCAGUGAACACAGCGCCAUGCUGUCGAAUGUAUUCGGCUUGCUGAAGGAAUAUAAUGAUUACAUUAUGACUCCUGUCC